GCAUGCUCAGUAGGAGCCGCCGAGACAGCGAUGAUUCGACGUGCGGUAAAGCCUCCUGGCCAUGUGUAGCGUAACUCCGCACUCGCCUGCUGAUGUCUGUCCAGCACUGCCCCUUCUGAUGGAGCUGUGAAACCCGAUCCACAUGGUGCGCGGAGAGGAGUGGGCUGUCUGUCCCGCCGCACACUCACAUUGUCCGGCUGUGCGGCUCCAGCACUACAGCUCCUCUGCUGCCCCCGAGGAUGGAUGAUGGAGAAGCCUGUAAGCCAUCCCUGGGCCAUCCACCUGCUGCACCCGGCGCCCGCCUGUGCCUCCUCCUGUCCCAGCUCCCCAAGAAGAUCUUCACCUGGUAUGUCUUGAAGACGGUGGUCCUAGGUCAGAUGCUGUCUCUGUUUAUAUGUGGGACCGCGGUGACCAGUCAGUACCUGGCAGAGGAGUAUAAGGUGGACACUCCGAUGCUACAGAGCUUCAUCAAUUACUGCCUGUUAUUUCUGGUCUACACGGUGUGGUUGGCCUUCAGAUCAGGACAGAAUGGACUGUUACAUAUUUUGAGGAAUAAGUGGUGGAAGUAUCUGCUGUUGGCUAUCGUUGAUGUCGAAGCAAACUAUUCUAUCGUGAAGGCUUAUCAGUUCACAACCAUCACUAGUGUCCAGCUUCUGGACUGUGUUGGGAUCCCUGUUCUGAUGGUUCUUUCUUGGUUUAUUCUUCACUCGAGAUACAGACUGAUCCAUUAUAUUGCUGUUGCGGUCUGUCUGUUGGGUGUUGGGACCAUGGUCGGUGCAGACGUGCUGUCCGGAAGAGAAGAAGGCAGAGCCAGUGACAUGCUGAUCGGUGAUGCUCUGGUAAUCCUGGGUGCCUGCUUGUACGCCAUCUCCAAUGUCUCUGAAGAAUAUAUAGUGAAGAACCUGACCCGUGAGGAGUUCCUGGGGAUGCUGGGCCUCUUUGGCACUUUUGCCAGUGGUAUACAACUGAUGGCUGUAGAAUAUCAUGCUAUCGGCAACAUUGUGUGGGACUGGAAAGUCGGUCUGCUGUUUGCUGCUUUUGCCCUUUGCAUGUUCGGACUGUACAGUGUGAUGCCCCUUGUGAUACGAGUGACUAGUGCCACCUCUGUUAACCUGGGUAUCCUGACUGCUGACUUCUACAGCCUCUUCUUUGGUCUCUUUUUAUUUGGAUACAAUUUCUCUCUAUUAUACAUCCUGGCAUUUGUAGUGAUUAUGGUAGGAUUCAUCAUGUACUGCAGCACGGCGACUUACCAUGCGGAGCCAGUGGCAGCGGCACAGACCAGUGAAGGGAUUGAGAAUAGCGCUAUGAAAGAGGAAGAGACUCCUCAGGAGCCUGCCACACCUCUGCAGUACAUGCCUGAGGAGCUCAGAGAGCGAAGGGAUUAAAACAACCACCCGCCACAAUGCCUUUGCCAUUUUUAUAAGAGAGGAAGAAUGUUUUUAAAAAAGAAAUUACUUUUUUAAACCCUUUUUAUCACUUCUUUUUUUUUUUUUUUUAACUAUUCUAUAUAACCCUGUUCGAUUAUGUCUGUUUGUAGACCCAGCAAUGCCAGCUCUAUGCCUUGGACGCAUUUUUAUAAGAAAGCUGCUAUGUACAUACAGUUACACUUUAAACACAGAAAGAUCUGUUUUUAGUUUUCAAUGACUUAAUAUUUAUUCCUAUAUUUUUUAGUUUUUGCAGUAUUUUUUACAAACCUUUUUAUAAUUGUUAAUAUUGCAACUUUAAUCCAGUCUGGCUGUAGAUGUGCAAAACAUCGGCUGGUAAGGAGACUGGUCUUCCUUUACUUUUUCAUUGGUUUGUGUUUUGAUUUUUUUUUUCUUCACAGUUAAAAAUCGAAUAUCCUUUUUUUGCUACUCAAUGGGAUCGCCUAGUUGUUGAAAAUUCAUUUUCAAAGACCCUGUUUGAGAAUUCUGAAUUAAGAGUCAGGGUAGUGCUGGGCGGUAUACCGGUUCAUACCGGUUGUCCUGCACGAUAAGAAUUUUCCCCAUACCGCAAUACCGGUUGGGCCCCUCUCCCUCGGGAAUGAAUUAUCAACCCAGCGCUGUUCUAUCCCCACAUCUGGGAACUAAUCAUAUGUGACCCGCGAGAGCUGCCCUGCUUCAACCCCCCCCCAAUUAAUUAUCAGCCCAGCGCUGCACCGUCCCCAUCGGGGAACUAAUCACAUGUCACCCGCAAGCGCUGCCCUCCUCGCCCUCCUGUUUGUUACGGGCCGCCGGCACUGGAACUCUGUACUGUACGCUGUAUCCCUAUGCCUUGGCUGCAAAAGAUAAACAAAAUAAACUUUAACUCACUUUCCCCCGUUGGAGA